AUGCCCCCCAGCUGCCAGGCCCUGCUGGCUGCCCAGGCGCUGCCCGAGCUGUCCCAGCGCAAUCAGGCACUGAGCCAAGCCUGUGCCCCCUACCAGCGCCUGUGCCCGCCUGAGGGGGCCCUGCACACCUGCGCCCCACUCAGCACCCAGCUCUGCCGCCACCGCCUCCAGGAGUGCCGUGAGUGGGCACCUGCACCCCCCCAGCUCCUCCCAGAGAUGGGAGAGCCUACAAUAACAAAUGGGCUGGGCAAGCCGGGAGCGGGCAAGCGGGCAGUGCCCGUCCGGCGCAUCCUGCCUCACCCUAAGUUUAAUCCAAAGACGUUUCACGGGGACUUGGCGCUGCUGGAGCUGGCAGUGCCGCUGGCCCCAUCAUCCACGGUCAGCCCCGUGUGCCUUCCCAGCGGCCCCGCGGAGCCCAGCCCCGGCACCCCCUGCUACAUCGCGGGCUGGGGUUCCCUCUACGAAGAGGGACCAGCAGCCGACGUGGUGAUGGAGGCGCAGGUGCCCCUGCUCAGCCAGGAGACGUGCCGGGGUGCCCUGGGCAAGGACCUUCUCACCAGUGCCAUGUUCUGUGCCGGGUAUUUGUCUGGAGGCAUCGACUCCUGCCAGGGCGACUCAGGGGGCCCGCUGGCGUGCGAGGACCCCACUUCGCACCACUUUGUCCUCUACGGUAUCACCUCGUGGGGUGAUGGCUGCGGUGAGCAGGGCAAACCAGGAGUCUACACCCGUGUCACUGCCUUCACGGACUGGCUGAGUCUCCAGAUGGACUCUGCCCCUGGCAGCCGAGAACCGAGCUGCUUCGACCUGCUAGCCUUGGCACAGCUGCCCCCCGAGCAGCAGUCCCCAGAGCGCGCCCGUCUCUGCGCCUUCUACGCCGGGUCCUGUCGGGCGCCUCAGGGCCGGGCCACCUGUGCCCGCCUGGCCGAGGAGACCUGCCGUGCCAGAACGAGACGAUGCGAGCUGCACUCCUAUGCCCAGACCUUGGUGGAUCUCCUGCGCCGGGCUGGGGACUUCAUCCGAAACCAGUUUGAUUUCUCCUUUCUCACCCGCACUCUGCCUCAGCUCCUGGGCAAGAUCUACGGGCACUUCUUCCCUCCCCGUGUCCGUAGGGAUGCCCCAGGCUUGGCUGUGGCACGGGGCCAAUCCAGCCCCACAGCAAUGGGACCCCAGAGACCCCCCAGCAGGUGGGGGGACAGGCGGAUGCCUCCCUUUGCAGAGCUUUUUGGGGUAGUGGGACCCCAGUUGCAGGACUGGGUGGAGGCUCUGAGGACCAUGGCAGGGGGCAGCCAUCUGGUGACAACACAGGACAGGGAGCAGCUCCCAGGGGAGAUGCAGCUCUUCCUGCAGAGUGAGGAUGUGGUGGAGGAGAUGGUGGCACAGGGACGAGCCUUCCUCACCCAGCUGCGGGCAGAGUUGGACCUUGGCACCACCCCGAAAGCCAUGGAGCCACAACGGGCAUCUGGAGAGCUGGCAGGGACCCCCGUGCCAAGCCAUGAACCCCGGUCUGCACUGAGGGAGAAACGUGAACUGGUGCCCAUGGAGCUGCCCAGGGUGGAGGAGGAAGAGGAGGAGGAGGCAGGUGUGGGCAGAGGGGCUGCAGCCUGUCCUGGCCUCAACGAGUCGGCAGUGCGGGUGGGCGCUGUGCGGGACCUGUAUGCCUGGGUGCUGCGGGUGCCCGAGGCAGACCUGGCCAUGACCUUCCAAGAGAUCCUGGUGGACUUGGGCUCCAAAAACACCCAGGGACUGUACCGGGCACAGGUUCGGGCCACUGUAGGGGGGCGCCCCACAGCCUUCACUGGUCUCGUGGGGCUGGAGAAUGAUUCACUGGCCCGUAGCAUGCCUGGCCUUGUUGCUCUGGCACUAGAAGUGCUGAAAACCUAAUGGUGCCCCUGGAGCAGUGUGCCAGCAUGGGGAGAGGACACCAGGGCAGGUGUCUCUUUUGUCCUUCAAACACACUCCACUCCCCAUCUCAGGCUCUUCCACCCUUUUAUCUCCAAUUGUACCUCAGUCUCUCUUCCCACCAGCACUUCCUUCCCCAGGGUGAUACAGCCCUGGUGAGUACCUGAAGUACCUCAGCCAGGAAUCACAGUCCUCCUCUCCCCUGGGACCCCCACCUUGGCAAGACCACUCCCACCCCAUCUUCCCCAGAGGCACCUGAGCUGUUAUUUAUUUGUACAGAGAAGGUUUAUUUUUCAAUA